AUGUCUAGAAGAGGCCAGUCUGUUAGUUAUGCUGAAGUUGAUGAUGAGAAUUUUUCAGAUGAAGGAUUAGAUGACAAGGGUGAUCAAGAAUAUGGAAUAGCAUCAAAACGAAAGUCAGGACGAGUCUCCUUAGGAGACUCUCGAAAAGCAAAGAAGCAAAAAGCGCGCUUGGUGGUUGAUGGGUUGAAGCAUGAAUUGGAGGACAAUAAUUUUUCCGAGGAGGAGUUGCUAGAUAUUACUCCAGACAUACCAGAUGACUAUAUUCCCGAUGCAGUAUCCAAAUCGUUUGGAAGAGCAGACUUUUCGUAUUUAAAGUUGAAGCCAGACCAUUUUUCCAGACCUAUUUGGAUAUCUCCCAACGACCUUCGAAUUAUUCUAGAGUCCUUUUCGCCCUUGGCGGAACAAGCACAGGAUUUUUUAAUCACCAUAGCCGAGCCAAUAUCGAGGCCUUCGCAUAUUCAUGAAUACAGGAUUACUGCUUAUUCAUUGUAUGCGGCAGUCUCUGUAGGACUAGAAACGGACGAUAUAAUAUCGGUGCUCAACCGAUUAUCCAAAGUGCCAGUGGCUGAAUCAAUAGUUCAAUUUAUCAAAGCAGCUACUGUCUCUUAUGGAAAAGUGAAGUUGGUUUUAAAGAAUAAUAGAUAUUUUGUAGAGAGCACUCAAGCAGAUAUAUUGCAGAUGCUACUAAAAGACGAAGUUAUUGGACCCUUGCGUAUACAGUCGACAGAAAAUACUGUAACAAGUAACGGGCUUGUUCAGAGUGCUGCUCCUCAAAACGAUAUCAGCAUUCCAGGAACCAAAAAGAAUAAUACCAACAACAACAGCAAUAACAACAACAAUAAUAACAGCAACAGCAACAGCAACAACAACAGCAACAACAACAACAGCAACAGCAACAACAACAACAACAACAACAACAACAACAACAGCAACAACAACAGCAACAACAACAGCAACAACAACAGCUAUAAUAAUGAUUCCAAUGAGACAAAUCAAGCAGAAGAUAUAUUUGCAUCGGUAGUAGGAAACCGCGAAGAAGAAGACGACUUGGACACUGUACAUUCGUUUGAGAUAUCUCACGAUUCGGUUGAACUAAUCAAACGAAGGUGUCAAGAAAUCGAUUAUCCAGUUUUGGAAGAAUACGAUUUCCGUAACGAUGCCAGAAACCCGGAUUUAGAGAUUGAUUUGAAACCUUCAACUCAAAUUAGACCUUACCAAGAGAAGUCAUUGUCCAAAAUGUUUGGAAAUGGAAGAGCAAGAUCCGGUAUCAUUGUUCUACCUUGCGGUGCUGGAAAGACAUUAGUCGGAAUAACUGCAGCCUGUACAAUUCGAAAGUCAGUAAUUGUGUUGUGUACUUCCUCCGUCUCCGUGAUGCAAUGGAGGCAGCAGUUUCUACAGUGGUGCACAAUUCAACCAGACAGCGUUGCCGUUUUCACCUCUGAAAACAAGGAGAUGUUUGCCAGCGAGUCUGGUCUAGUUGUCUCGACUUAUUCUAUGGUUGCAAACACGCGUAAUCGGUCGCAUGAUUCCCAAAAGGUGAUGGAUUUCUUGAGAUCAAGAGAAUGGGGCUUUAUUAUUUUGGAUGAGGUCCAUGUUGUGCCUGCAAACAUGUUUAGAAGAGUUGUUACAACUAUUGCCGCUCAUGCUAAAUUGGGCCUUACUGCAACAUUGGUUCGUGAAGAUGAUAAGAUUGAUGAUUUGAAUUUCUUGAUUGGUCCAAAAUUAUACGAAGCAAAUUGGAUGGAUUUGGCCCAGAAGGGUCACAUUGCAAGCGUGCAAUGCGCUGAGGUAUGGUGCCCCAUGACGUCAGAGUUUUACCAAGAGUAUUUGAGGGAAAGUGCUAGAAAAAGGAUGCUUUUGUACAUUAUGAACCCCUCAAAGUUUCAAGCUUGUCAAUUUUUGAUUCAUUAUCACGAGAAAAGAGGAGAUAAAAUUAUUGUCUUUAGUGAUAAUGUUUACGCAUUACAAGAGUACGCUUUGAAACUUGGAAAGCCAUUUAUAUUUGGCUCAACGCCACAACAAGAAAGAAUGAAGAUUUUGCAAAAUUUCCAACACAAUGAUCAAAUCAAUACGAUAUUUUUGUCAAAGGUGGGUGAUACAUCAAUCGAUUUGCCCGAGGCAACGUGUUUAAUUCAAAUAUCGUCCCACUAUGGAUCCAGAAGACAAGAAGCACAAAGGUUGGGAAGGAUUUUGCGUGCAAAGAGACGUAAUGACGAAGGUUUCAAUGCCUUUUUUUACUCAUUAGUGUCGAAAGAUACUCAGGAAAUGUAUUAUUCAACCAAGAGGCAAGCAUUUUUGGUUGACCAGGGUUAUGCAUUCAAGGUGAUUACUCAUCUUAGUGGUAUGGAACAAUUGCCUGAAUUAGCAUAUGCAUCUGCUCGAGAACGUCGAGAAUUAUUGCAACAAGUUUUGUUGAAAAAUGAAGAUGCUGCAGGUUUGGAAAUUGGUGAUGACGUUGACACGAAUUUCAUUUCUAAGGAGCAAAGAAUGAGAUUAGAGAAUGCAAAACAAAGCGGUGCAUCAAGAAUGUCCGGCUCAUUGGCUGGUUUGGCUGGUGGUGAAGACAUGGCAUAUAUAGAGUACGGUAAGAACAAGAAUAAGGAAUUGAGAGACUCACACCAUCCUUUGAUUCAAAAGAUGUACUACAAAAAGAAACAAUCAUUACAGCAACUGCAACAACAACAACAACAACAACAACAACCGCAGCAGCAAUUCAGGAGGAAAUAG